ACUACAAGAAACAGAAGAAGAAGAAGCAAAAGAAGAAGCAUGGCUGCUGACAUGAGAUUACCAACUAUUCGGAAACCAGUGUCGCUAUCAGUUUCUGCAUUUGACCGAAAAGAUCUGGUCGUCCCCGGCGAUGUUAUCACUUCAGACACUGGCUUCAUGAGGGGUCAUGGUACCUAUGUUGAUGAAGAUAAGCUGACGGCUUCAGUCGCUGGAGAGGUGCAGAGAGUAGACAAGCUGAUCUGUGUCAGACCACUCAAGACCAGGUUCAACGGCGAGGUUGGAGAUGUGGUGGUUGGCAGAAUCACAGAGGUCCAACAGAAACGGUGGAAGGUGGAGACCAAUUCCCGGCUGGACUCUGUCCUCUUGUUGUCUUCUGUCAAUCUGCCUGGAGGAGAGCUGAGGAGACGAUCAGCAGAAGAUGAGCUCACCAUGAGAGAAUACCUUCAGGAAGGCGAUCUCAUCAGUGCAGAGGUGCAGUCUGUCUUCUCAGAUGGAGCCCUAUCACUUCACACUCGUAGUUUAAAGUAUGGAAAAUUGGGUCAAGGAGUGCUGGUACAGCUCUCUCCUUCUCUGAUCAAGAGGCAGAAAACACAUUUCCACAACCUGCCGUGUGGCGCAUCCAUAAUCCUUGGGAAUAAUGGCUUUGUCUGGUUGUAUCCCACACCAGAACAACAGGAGGAGGAAGCUGGGGGCUUCUACACCAGCCUGGAGCCGGUUAGUCUGUCCGACCGAGAGGUGAUUUCACGGUUGAGAAACUGCCUACUGGCUUUGGCUGCACACAAGGUCCUUUUAUAUGACACCAGCGUUCUCUAUUGCUACGAAUCUUCAGUUCAACACCAGGUCAAGGACAUCUUGAAACCCGAAGUGAUGGAGGAGAUUGUAAUGUUAACACAACAGAAGCUGUUGGAACAGGAGGGUUAAAGAGCACAAAUCCUAACUGUGACCUCACAAAACCAAGAACCCAUCAAUCAGCUGUGUCAUGGACUGACCACCUAUCUGAGUCUAGUCUAUAGUGCAGUUGAUUAGCUCUAAGUAUAUUUUAUCUAAAACACUGUUCAUUGCUAAUGGAUAUGAUGGGUAACUUCUUGGGUAAAUUCUUUCUUGGGUAAAUUCUGCAACAUUCAGAAAUCACAAGAGCAGCUGUCGUUAAGUUUUACAAAUGUAUAGUAAUACACUUUCCACUUGAUACUGUGUGUUGUAUGCAAUAAAUGUUCUGUCAUUUUCA